CGCGCAUGGGGCAUGGAGGCGGCGGCCGGCGCGGGCCGCGGGGCGCCCCCGGGGCCCCCGAGAGCCGCCGCCGUCCCGUGUUUCGGCAUUUCGGUGGACCAGGACGACAUCCUCCCGGGCGCCCUGCGCCUCAUCCGGGAGCUGCGGCCGCGCUGGAAGCCCGAACGAGUCCGGACCAAGCGCUUCACUGACGGCAUCACCAACAAGCUGGUGGCCUGCUACGUGGAGGAGGACAUGCGGGACUGUGUGCUGGUCCGAGUCUACGGGGAGCGGACGGAGCUGCUGGUGGACCGCGAGAGUGAGGUCCGGAACUUCCAGCUGCUGCGGGCUCACGGCUGUGCCCCGAAACUCUACUGCACCUUCCAGAAUGGUCUGUGCUAUGAGUACAUGAGGGGCGUGGCCUUGGGGCCAGAGCACAUCCGUGAGCCCCGGCUCUUCAGGCUGAUCGCCUUAGAAAUGGCCAAGAUUCACACCAUCCAUGCCAACGGCAGCCUGCCUAAGCCCACCCUCUGGCACAAGAUACACAGUUACUUCGCCCUCGUGAAGAACGAGAUCAAGCCCAGCCUGUCCGCGGACGUCCCUGAGGUUGGCGUGCUGGAACGGGAGCUGGCCUGGCUGAAGGAGCACCUGCCUCAGCUGGACUCCCCGGUGGUGUUUUGUCACAACGACCUGCUCUGCAAAAACAUCAUCUACGACAGCAGCAAAGGUCAUGUACGGUUCAUCGACUAUGAAUAUGCUGGCUACAACUACCAAGCUUUUGACAUUGGCAACCAUUUCAAUGAGUUUGCAGGUGUGAACGAGGUCGAUUACUCUCGGUACCCGGCGCGGGAGACCCAGCUGCAGUGGCUGCGCUACUACCUGCAGGCCCAGAAAGGGGCGGCUGUGGCCCCCAGAGAGGUGGAGAGGCUCUACGUGCAAGUCAACAAGUUUGCUCUGGCGUCUCACUUCCUCUGGGCACUCUGGGCCCUCAUCCAGAGCCAGUUCUCCACCAUCGACUUUGAUUUCCUCAGGUAUGCAGUGAUCCGAUUCAACCAGUAUUUCAAGGUGAAGCCUCAAGUGUCGGCCCUGGAGAUGCCAAAGUGACCACCCUUCCCACUCCUCCCCAUCUGCCUGGCCAGACCUGCU